UUGAGGGAUCCACACGAAGAAAAUGUCGGGAAGAAGACUAAGCGCGAUCAACGUGCAUUUGGUAGUCCAUUUAAAAAUCGUGAACAGAAACCGCUUCCAAAAAGGACCUUUCCAAAGUUGCCACCAAGAAUACGAGAUAAACUUUCUGCUUCGCAAAAGCCUGUUCAUUUCCCCGGUCUUCCCGAAAAAGGGGUCAAACCAUUCGUGAUUGUCGUCGGCAGACAGAUCACGACAACUAUAGAAACAUCAACGAAAACUAGAUCCCUAAAGAUACCCACAAGAUCAUCUCAAAAUCAGACAAUCAAGUCGCAAUUUACAAAAAUAUCAGAUAAUAAUUUUCAAUCACCAAAUACACCACUUUCACCAUCUAGUGAAACAUCAGAAUCAUUCUCGUUUGAGUCCACAUCAAUGAAUGUGGAUGAAGGACAUACCCCCUCAUCUUUCGUUUCGGAAGAAGCUGAUCUAUCAUUAUCCGAAGAAUCUGCGACAACCGAUUCUUUGCCAACUGGGCUUGAUAUGUUAGCAUCUUUGAGUACUGUACUGACGACAAAUCAAUCGCAAACAGAUCAUGGGAUACAAGAUAGUAAUGAAAUAUUAAGUAAUGAUAAUGCUGACGACUCGGCGACAUCUAUGGAAGUUGAGCAUGUUGAAGCGGUUGAAAAAAAUGAAGAUCAUAAAGAUGUGGAAGUUUCAACCCUGAUAAAAGAUGCGGAAGUUUCAGCCCUGAUAAAAGAUGCGGAAGUUUCAGCCCUGAUAAAAGAUGCUGAAAUUAAUAACCUUGACUAUCUUAGUCGUGCUGCUGAAUUGGUGCUGUCACAAGAACGCACUGGUCUAGAUAUGUUGAGUCAGGCUGUGAGUCAAGUUACCACUGAUAUGGAUGAUGUGGUGCCCAAUGUGGGUGAAGCAUCUAGUGCAAGUGAAAUUUCUAGUAUGAUUGUUUCUGAUGUGAGUCAUACGUCAAAUGGAGGUCAGAAUCAUGUUUCCGGUAUAAAUCAAACGUCUGGCGAAAUUCUAGAUUCCGAAAUAGAAAGUAUAUCUCGCUGGAAAUCGAUUAAAAGUAAUCGAAAUUCAUCUUUAGAUGGAGAAUUCAGGUUACUGGAAUCAUCAAAAUUUGCUGCAGAAUUGAGGCGCCAGAUUGCUGCUGAUAAUUCUACAUACGAUGAAGCGAGCAUUCUUGACCUGAUAAAAAAUUUUGUCGUAUCUGAGAGUUAUGCAGACGAGAUUAAAUCCAAGUUUCUUUAUUCGAUUUUAAAGUUUUCCCGUGCAUACAAUAAAAUAGAGUUAUCUCAAAACAUUGAUACGCUUCUUCAGGAUAUCCGAUUUGACUUGAAAAAUUAUUUCAAUGAUCGUCGGAUGAGAUCAAUGAAAUGA